AUGUCGUACACAGCUACUGAGUCUAGGCAUACUCCCAAUUUACAACUUCUCGAGAACAUUUACACUGCCGAGAAUCAAUACGGAAUAUGGGCAGCAUCAAAGCCAAGAGGGAAACGUGUGCGUGAUCUGGGUGUGUCCAUGAAAUACUUUACCCGAUUCGGCUUUGCCAUUUGUUUGGUUCCUUUACGAGCAACAUGGAGUUUAGCAUUUCGCUUAAGGAAUGGCGCUUCAGCUUGA